AUGGCUCCUUCGGCUUGUUCUUCCCCGGCACUUGCUGGCAACAAGAAGAAAGUUGUGUUCAUAAUGGGUGCAACUGGCACAGGAAAAACCAAGCUUUCCAUCAACUUGGCCACUCAAUUUCCCUCUGAAAUAAUAAACUCAGACAAAAUUCAAGUAUACAAGGGCCUUGAUAUCAUCACGAACAAGGUAUCUGAGUCAGAACGUUGUGCCAUUCCUCAUCACUUGCUAAGCAUAAUCGAUGACCCUGAUUAUGACUUCACAGUUGAUGACUUUUGCAACCAUGUACUUGUUGCUCUCAAUCACAUUAUUCAAAAUGGACGCGUACCCAUUAUUGUGGGAGGCUCAAACUCUUACCUUAAAGCAUUAGUUGAGGACCCCAACAUUGCAUUUCGCUCAAAAUAUGAUUGUUGCUUCAUUUGGCUCCAUGUGUCUUUGCCUGUGUUGUUUGAAUAUUUGGACAAAAGGGUGGAUGAAAUGCUUGAUGCUGGGAUUGUUGACGAGAUUCGAGAAGCUUUUGUGCCAGGAACAAAAUAUGAUUACUCUCGUGGGGUUAAAAGAGCCAUAGGGGUUCCUGAGCUAGAACACUAUCUUCGGAUAGAAAAGGAAAUAGAUGAUGAGGCUCAAAAGGAGAAGAUACUGCAACAUGCUAUCAGAAAAACUAAAGAAAACACUUGCAAGUUGGCUGAAAUGCAACAAUUCAAGAUCCAUAGGUUGAACUGUGAGCUUGGAUGGGAAAUGAUCAAAAUUGAUUCCACACCAGUGUUUGAGGCUGUUUUAAAUGGAGCAGACUAUAAGCAUUUGUACAAAGAGAUUGUGUUUAAACCAAGCAUGGAGAUUGUGCAAAGAUUUCUGCUAGAGGAGUUCAAUCAAGGAUAG